AUGGUGUACCCCACCCCGUCGCCCGAAGUCUCUCGUCGGUCGUGCACGCCCCCGAAUCAGGCCGUCCGAACCUGGUCGCACAAGGGCCUCUCUUGCCGAGACUCAGACUGGAAACACCAUCAUAAAAAAUGGUGUAAAAUCUUUGCCAAUAUAUUCAAGGGCACUCACUCCCAAUCCACGAACACCACAUUGCUAUCUAUUCCAUCGUCAAUCGCAGCUCACCGUCGCCCUGACUUUGACCAGGACGUCUCAUCCUUCCUAGCCCUCGCAAAUCCCAUCCUAAUGCAAACUGCUAUCCAAGCACUUGACCUGCCCGUCAAACCUCUCAACCAUACUAUUUCUACUCUCCAUGUCGGCCUCAGUUACAACCAAGAUCAAGACGACCCUCUCCACAGAUUCACAUUCGUAUCUCUCGAGCUUGUGAACAUAUCCGACAUCAUGGUGAUGCCCAAAAGUUCGCUGAGCAGAGCCAUGCCCAUGCGAGCGGAGAUGGAUGAAGAUGCCAUUCGCAACGGGGAUCAUGGUGCCACCAUUAUAUCCCUCGACAUCUUCGACGCUGGACAACGUAUAGACGGUACUCCGUACAUGUCAUUCGAAGCCCCUCACUCUAUCGCACAAGUCUUUCGUAUACCUAGGAAGAGCGCCACAGUCUCAGGCAGCCGAAACUAUGCGCUCACUUUUGAAUCUUGGAUGGACGGGGUUUUGCAUUCCCAUGCCUGA